UUAAAAUAUUUCACAUUUUGAGUCCUUUGUUCCCUCUUUGGGUUUUCUCGGUGUCUCUGGGAUUCUCUUCUCUUCUUCGUCUUCUUCUUUGAAUCUUCUCCUUCUUCUCAAAAGAUUAGGGUUUUUGGGGAAGGGAUUCGGUUUGGGUGCUUGUGAUUGGGUUUUGUGGAUUUUGGUUGAUUCGUUGCCUCGGCAACGAUGGUUCCGAUGCUCAAUUCCGGGGAGAUUCGGCCAGAAUCGUUGGCUGUGAUGAGGGAAGCGAAGAUUGCGCCUGAGAAGGUGGAGAUGGUGAAGAUGGAGAUUGAGGACCAUUUGGAAGAGGAGCAUGGCUCGUUUAGCAAGAAGAUUAAGCUUGACGUUCCCACACCCCUUCUGUAUGAUGCAAGUGCUUCUUUGUUGAACGAGGAGUCUCUGCCUCAUAAUUUGAUUAGUGAACCUAGUCCAUUGGGACUGCGUCUAAAAAAGACUCCAUCUCUUCUAGAUUUGAUUCAAAUGAAGCUUUCUCAAGUGCAUUCUGCUGCUGCUUGUGCCAUAAAAAGUGGAACUUUUGAUGAUGUGAAAAAGGAGCUUAAGUCUAUUUCAGCCAUUGACAAGAUGAAAGCUUCAAAUUUUCCCGCUUCUUUAUUGACAAUUGGAAAUUGGGAGUAUGUUUCAAGGUACGAGGGGGAUUUAGUGGCAAAGUGUUACUACGCAAAGCAUAAGAUUGUUUGGGAAGUUCUUGAUGGUGGUUUAAAGAGCAAGAUCGAAAUCCAGUGGUCAGAUAUAGCAGCCAUAAAAGCUACUUUCCCUGAAAAUGGGCCUAGUACUUUGGAUAUAGUGUUGUUGAGGCAGCCUCUGUUUUUCAGAGAGACCAAUCCUCAGCCCAGGAAGCAUACCUUGUGGCAGGCAACUUCAGACUUUACUGGUGGACAAGCAAGUAUUCAUAGGAGACAUUGUCUUCAGUGUCCACAAGGCGUGCUGAACAGGCAUUUUGAAAAGCUGAUCCAGUGUGACCUCCGUCUAAACGCAUUGAGUCAAGAGCAAGAGAUCAUCUUGGAAACCCCGUAUUUUGAACCUCAUUCCCGUGUUUUCAAUAAUCCAGAUGAUAGCAAGCCUUAUGCUUUUGAUAGUACAAAAGAUGACCUCAACACCCGCUUCUCGGGAUUCUUUGGAACCAGGACAUCAUGUAAUAGCAAAUCCACAGCAGUGUCAAUUACCAGACCAGCAGCCAAUGCAGCAAGAGAAACUCUUUCUCCAAUUUCAGUGAUGGAAUCCCUGGUGAAUGAAGAGAAUGCUAUGAUUGAAACAAGCGAGUUGAUAGACGAUAACCACAUGGACACUGGUCUAAAGUCACCAAUGUCAAUAAAGAAUUUAACGGAUCAUUUGGAACAAUGCAUCUCUGAGAAAGUGAGUUCAGGCAAUCCAGCUGAUGGUUUUAGCAAUGAAUUGUUAGACGAGAUCUCACAACAUCUUCUUAGUGACUAUCCGGUUUUAUCUGCUUCUGAUGAACUCUUGAUCAUGUCAAAAGUCAAUUCUUUUUGUUCACUGCUUCAGAAGGAUGACAAUGGCACCAAGGAUGACGACGAAAAUGAGCCUCAGUUGAUGAUGACACCGGGACAAGCUUCUGAGACAAACCAGUUAUUUGAUUUUCCGACUAUGGAUACUAAUAGAACCGAAACUUCACCUUGCAAGCAAUCAAGUCUUUCUAGAAAAGAAUCAGUCGGCGAUUUGCUUGUGCACCUUCCCAGGAUUGCUUCACUGCCCAAAUUCUUGUUUAAUAUUUCUGAAAAAAUCUGAUAACCAAGCUAGAAGAUAGACAGACAAAGUUAGGUAACUGCUUUAAUAAUUUCAUUUUUUUUUUCAUGCAGUUUUGGUAUCCUGGAGAUUUUCUCAAUCUCUCAAUGUAUAUAGUGCCCAACUUUUUUAGGAUAGUUUUCAAAGUUUUCAAUGUCAGGAUUGUGAUUGCAGAGUGAAAGACUUCAUUGGUAGAUAUUACUGAUUUUUAGUACUUGUAUAUAUGGAGAGCGCUUUAUGAAAUUAGUUUGCUCUGAAGUGACAU